CCACUCUGUGAGCUCAACAGGUCGCUUGCUAAGAAGUUCAGUACCUGUUCCAAGGAUGGGACUCGUGCCGACAUUAUCCUGCCAACUAUCCUGCUUGACUUGACAAUGUAUGUGCCUAAAGUACUUACUGGAGACUCUUUCAGGAUAUAUGUAUAUUGCACUAUCAACUGAUGUCCUGUAAACUCAGGGGGACAUUGGCUGGGGAAAGCCACCAUGGCUUGCUUACAUGGACCACGACUACUGAAUUUGGAGAAAACCCCUCCUCAUCUUCAAUUCAACGACUUGAUCCUGACAGGCUACCGGCCCAUUUCAACCUUUCAGGGGUGCAUCAGAAGCCUGUUCUACUUGCACAAUGAAUUUGGUAACAUUUAUACCCAUGGUAAGUAUACAGCCUCUACCACUGAAAUAUGAACUGGCAUAGUUUAUGGAUCAUUUACACUUUAGAAUGUGCCAUUAUAAAUGCUUUAAUAUAUAUCUAAAUGAUUAUACAUAUAUAACUGAUAAUUAAUUGUAAUGCUUAUACAUUUGUAUGUUUACAAAAAAUGUAUGAAAUACUAAUUGAUCUAUUAUUUACACUAUUAACAAAGUGUAUUCAUCAUUAAUUAUUCAAUAUUAUAAAGUGUUAUCUAUUUUUCUCCUGUUUGUUUACUAAAUUGUCUCAUCUCAAGUGUAUUAUGUAUUUAAUGUAUAGUCUAAGUGAAUAUUUAGUCUUUGCAGGCUAGUAGAUUUCUUACUACACCAAUAAUGAAAUUGUAAACGGCUGCAAGUCUGAAAAUGAGGCCACUUUGGGCUACUCUCACUUAUGGGCUAUUUACAAGUAUACCGGUACUUGACAAGUAUGUGUAAAGAGACAAAGAUAUGGGGGAUUACUGGUAAUCUGUCCUGGAUAUAAUGCACUAGUAAUUGCCCUUGGAGUUGUAUGAUUGACCCAUUAAAGUGGUAAAACAUGUCAAAACACUUUUCUAUUUUUGGCAACAACUCUCAAUAGGCUAUGCAUGAAACUUGAAAGAUGCACCAAAAAAAGAGGAAUUAUUAUCAUACAUUUAGGAUACAUUUUGUUUGUAUGAUUAUUUUCCACUGUCUCAAAAACCCUGCAAAGAUGUACAUAAUGCUAUGAAAUGCAUAAAAUUGCAGAACGUUAGUUGUUUAAGCACAUGCAGCUAUGCACCCUUGAACUAAGUGUGGCAUCCUCUAUGAUGAGACUCCUCCUUGGAUAGCCUCUUUAGCUAAGCACAUUAACACUAACUCUAACUCAGGAGGGGAUUAGCAUAGGGGAGUUGCUCAGCAGACUGCAAUACACCUGUGAGAGAGACUUCAGAGAAAUAAAAUGGUGUUGGAGAAAACAAACAGCAGGGCUAUUAUACUAUGAGGGCCAUUUCACGGACACAGAUUAAGCCUAGUCUUAGACUAAUUAACUAAUUGACUAGUGACUAAAACGAACAGUUUGAAUCCAUUACAAUUGUUUUUUUAGUCUAGUAGUAGGCUUUAUCUGGUGUACUCCCCUGUAUGUACUGGUACCAAUGAUUUAUAAAUACCCUAGACUGAUGGCGGUGCUGUGUUGAAUCCACCACGCCUCCAUCUUGGCACUCCUACACCAUUGUAAUAAAUAUUUUGGAAGCUAUAGAAAUGCAUUUAUUAAUGUCAACGUUUGUUUUUGCCACAUUGAUUAUAUUACAGACACCUUAAUGCAUACUUUUAAAUGAUAUUAUGUGAGCUAAACAUAAAAAUUAAAUGAAAACAUAUAUAAAAUUAAACUUUUUUUAGAUUAAUGUCCCCACUAUAACAACAAAUUAUGAAAUACGUGUAAUUUUGUCCUUGAAAGAUUUAAUUGAAAUUCACAUACUGCAGAAUAUCCGUGUCUAAUUUAUGUGCCAGACCACGCCCAUGUUGAUGUUUAUUGGUCAGUAGCAGCCAUGUUGUUUGAGGUGCUAGCCUGGAAAAUAUUGCAUUGAGAGAACUUGGUCCAUAGAUGCCAUGUUUUAGGUUUUAGGCAGAUCGGACAUUCGGUGCCAGAGGAGUAGCGUUUUAAGUGUUUUUCACAAAAUUCAAAAUGGCGGAAAAUCCAUCAUGGCGGACCUUAUGGGUCCUAGAGGCAAAUUUGUUUUUUGUGAGGAGAGGGACAUAUGUACAACAUUGUAUGACUCUAGGGGAGAAUCUCAAUUGCAUACUCCUCGCGUCCUCUCUCCUCGCCUCCUCAAAACAGGACCUCUGGCUUUCUCAUUCAAUGGGUUUUGAGAAGGAGAGAGGAGAGGACACAAAGAGUUUGCAAUUGAGAUUCUCCCUAGGUCUCAUGGGGGAGGGGCGUGACCUUUCAAAGUUUGCAUCUUCAAUUGUUUGUUAUAGCACCACCAUGUGGCCAAUUGACAUGGCACUGCCCUUUUUGCAAAGUCUCAACCUUGUAGGUCUUACCAUCUCACGGUAAUUUUAAUUUGUGUGAAUUUGCCCUUACGGAAUAAUAAUAAUAAUAAUAAUAAUGAACCCCAACAAAUACAAUAAGGUUUCUUGCAGCUUCGCUGCUUGAACCACUAAUUAGCAAAGCAUGUCAAAAUAAGUGUCUAGACUUCAAAAGUCUAUCAAUACUGAGACAUCUCCAUCCAUCCAUCCAGGAAUCCCAUUCUUCUGUUUCCUGGUGCUGCUGCCACUUAACAUCCCCUGGUCCGAGGUGGAGCAAACGUGGAUGUGUGUGUUCCACUACCUUGCCUGCCUGUCCCCCACCGUGGGCUCCGUGCUCUACCAUACCUUCAUGAACCAUGAGGGCGGGGAGCCCAUCUACGACACACUCCUUUCCCUCGACAUGGUCGGCGUCUGCCUGGUCAACACCUUGGGUAGGUAAAGUCAGAUUCCAGAUCAGUUUCUCAGGUCCUGUUUGAAAUAUAUUUGAAAACGUAUCCUUCCUUCCUAUUCUCAUCACACAUCCAUCCAUCCAUCCACAUCCAUCUUCAUUGACUCUCCUGUUUCUGUGUGUCAACCAGGAUGCCUGCCCAUCAUUUACAUCACCCUGAUGUGCUACCCUGUCACUUGCACCCUGGCCCUCCUGGCCUACAGCCUAAUCUCGGCCUGGGGCAUCCUCUGUGCCACCACAGCGCGUAGCAACUAUGGGCGCCUUCGAGCUUUCAUCUGGCAGGCCCUCUUCCGUGUGCUCCUCUUCCUAUUCCGUUGGCUGGGAGACGGCGUAGGCAGCCCAGCUUCGCUGCGCCUCUUCUUCACCAUGGACAUGCUGGCUGUCAUGGGGGGCCUGGUGAACCUUAGCCGGGUGCCCGAGCGCUUUAGCCCGGGCCUCUUCGACUACUGGUGCAACAGCCACCAGAUAAUGCACGUGCUGGUGAUCUGCUCCAUUAUCUACAUGCACUGGGGGAUGCUGGAGGAUUUAGCCUGGAUUAAGACGUUCCAGUGUCCGGUGUUGGAGUGAGGGACAGAGGAGGAUUGACGAGGCAAGGCCAGGAAAUAGGGCUGGGGCGUAGGAUUUAAGGAGGGGUGGGUAGGAGUCAGCAUAAAAAUAGAAUGACCAGAAUGGACAGCCCCAUUCAAGUCUAUGUUCGGUGGCCAUGUUGAAUGUACGUAUCUAUAAGUGCACAGUAACAUUUCUGUGGUCUGAGGGGCUUUGUACCGUCUAGUAAUUAUAUUUCUAUGGGUGAUGAGAGAGUGAAAUUAAAGUUUUAAAAUGCACUUUAGGACUAGCUGCUGAAAUUACUGUAAGGAUUACGAUUGAUUCACUGUCCAUUUUGAAAUAUUCACCCCCUGUACAGCAGGAGAAUGUAGGUGUAAGAAUCGAUUGGUGCUUUUUAAGAUGUACGUCAGGGAAUUGUUGUACAGCUUCUGAACCCACAUUUCUGUUAUUACUUUGCAAUGAGAUGGACACACAUCCACAUGAUUCUGUAUCAGUUAAAAUGCAGUAGGCCUUUGCCUCCAGUGACCAACAUAAAUAUUUUCAAUGAAAAGGAUUGCA